AUGCUUGGAUCAUUCUGUGCUUGUGAGAGUAGAGAGAGCAUGUAAGUAGGAUUUCUUUCAGCAUAUCGGACCCUCUUAAUUGAGGGUCCGCGUUGAGCACAGGCCAUAGUUGCAGCCCCCCUUCCUUGGGAGUGGUGGUAUGAUCGAGGGGGGGGCUUUAAAAGGCAGCGGCGCGGCAUUGGGGGGGGUUACCUGGGUUUGCGCUGCCAAACACCUGCCCGCCCACCCUCAAUUUAGGUUUGUGCUUUGGCCUUGCUCUGGACUUUGGUUGGUCGCCCGUUUUGGAACAGGGGCCGGGUAGGAAUUUUUUCCAUUUGGCAAAUUGGUACUGGCCUCUUGGUUUUUUCCUACCUCUUAGCAAUUGUCACAACUUUGUAAGAUUUGGCGGUAAGGCACUGGCUUAGUGAAAUGUGGGGGAGGGGAGGGGCGGCCAUCACCUGCCCCUCCAGGUACAAGGGUAUUCCGCUAAAGGAAUCCGCAGGUCCAGAUCUCGUCCAAAGUCUGCUUGGGAGGCUAGGGCCAUGCCAGGACCCAGCGGGAACCCCGGGGUGAGUUUCAGUUGGUCGCCAUUGAUGGCGCUCCCUCUGUUGGUGGUUUACUCUUCCAGACUUCCUGCAAGGUGGGCAGGAAUCAGAUAUAGUUAUUGCCAAUGCCUAAGCCAGGCAUGCCCAAAGUCUGUUUCGGGGGCCUAAUUUGCAAGUAAAGUAUGGAUUAACCAGUGAAACACAAUGGCAAUACAUCCAAUUGAAACAUAUGUUGGAAAGGCAGUUUGGCCCUGAGGCUAUAGCAGCAUCGGAAACACCCAUGUUGCUACAAGAUUUAAUCUCUGCAGCAAAAACAAAAAACUCUACACUUGCACUACAUAAAACUCUACUCAACAGGAAGAAAUAUGAUUUAGAAUACAAUAGACAAAAAUGGAGUGAAGAGUUAGGGGUACAGAUAACAAAUAAUAUAUGGGAGUCAAGUAUAAAAUCAACAGAAAUAGCCUCUGCAGAUCUAAGACUAAGACAUUCAGCAGAAAAUAAUAUUCAGAGUCCACUGGACUCCAGCAAAACUAUACGAGAAGAAAAUAACAAGUACAGACAACUGCUGGAGAUGUGGGAGUAAAAAUGCGAACUUAGUACAUAUGAUGAUUAAAUGCCCGAUAAUAAGAUAAUUUUGGUGUGAGGUGAGGAUAUUUAUAGCAAGAGUAAUAAAAAGAAAUUGUUAUUUAGCGGAAUUAAGUUUAAUUCUAAAUUAUAUUCUGGAAACGUGGGAGAUUACAAGGGGUCAAAACAAAUGGAUGUACCGUGCUAUAUUAAAAGCAAAAAAACUUGUUUUGAUGAUUUGGAAGAGCCGCAAAAAGAUUCCAUUGAGCACAUGAAUUGAUAAUAUGGACAGACUAGCUACAUACAAACAAAUUGCAUGUCGACGCAAAUUAAGAAUGGAUAAAUAUGAAGAAAUCUGGAAGGAAUGUUUAAGCGAUAAGGUGGAUAAUGGUGGGAAGUAGGGGGAGGAGAGAGAGGCGGGAAAAUAUUGUUAAAAAGGUGUAGUCAUAGGUAUAUCAGUGUAUCCAAAUCUGAAUUGUCAAUCUGUGUAAUUAGUGUUAUUAUGGUUUUUGUUGUAUGUGUGCCCAAAGUCCGUUUCGGGGGCCUAUUUCCUGGGGUAAAAUCACUGGAAAAACCCUCAACAAUUAAACCCAAUACCACUCACAUUGCUGUCCUCAAUAAAGUUGUGGCCUAAAUUUUGCCCAUUAACCUUCAGAGUCAAGUUCUGCCUCAAGGUGUUCUCCUUCUUCUUGGGGGUGCGCAACUGAAUUCUGUGGUGAUCGUGAGCUUAGAGGCGUGAAUGCAAAAAGCAGUUUUGGGCGUAGAUCAGGAGAGGACGAACUGUGAGCCCCAUUUCUCACAUUUUCCUCUUUCUUUUCUAGGUUUACCAGAUUGCGAAAAGCCAUUUCGCGGAUGGCGAGGAAAAAUAAGGUGUGCCCUCUCCCUGAGUCCCCCCCCCCGCCUGCCCCUUUUCGAAAGGACUUCUCAGGAAAGGCCUCUGUCUGAGGCCUCUUUGGAGCUGUAGAUCAUCAUAUCCCACGUGGCUCUUUGUUUCCCUGUAGGCUCAGGCAAAAGAGAAGGAAAGUCCGCCUGAAGGUCAUGUCUCUUUCUAUGGGUGUGUUCAGAAAGUCUCUCUAACCAGCAGCCUUCUCUUCUUUUCCCUUUCAGCAGAUCUCAUCCUGGAAGACCUGGAGGAAGAGGAGGAAGAGACGGGGCUGCACUGGGGAACCUUAAUCAAUCGUUAA